GCGUCCACGAGGGCGUUUUCACAACGAAUUCUACACCAAAGUUAACACCCACCGACUGAAUUUCCCGCUCUUCAAAUUCAAGGAUGAGAUUGGAGUGCGGAGAAUCUGCUUGGAGUUGUCAGAGAGAAUCUGUAAACGGUGAGUCAAAGACACAGAGCAAAGGGUGGAACAAAAACGAGGGCAGGGACGCGAAGCUGAAAGAGAAACUUCCCGUAAGUUUAUUGGCUGAUACAGAAGGAGCUCAGUGAAUCAGAGAAGCCCGUCUCCCUUCAAACUUCGGCUGAGGCAGGAGCCGAACCAGCUUUCCAACAGAAGCACACUGCAUGGUCCAUUCACUUAAGAAAGAAGGCAUCAGACACGGUCUUUUUGAAGGGGAGAAAUAUAUUUGUUUACUUAUUUUUUGGAUCCAUUUCCACUUGUCAUAAAGAUAUCAAUAUGGAAUACAUUGAAAAGAUCUUUGAUGUGGCAAAGAUUAUUUACUCUCUCUGCAAUGAGGUAAAAAUGAAUCACAAGCGAUGCUGUCGUUUAAAGGGUCGAAUCGAAUCUCUCUUAGAACCUGUAAAGGCUAUUCAGAAGGAAGACAUGGAUGACAGCUUGACAAAGCUUCUGAAGGAGAUGAUGGGGAUUCUGGAGAGUGCAAGGGAUUGUAUCAAGUCUUUCACCAACAAACAUCGGUUUUCCAAAGUCUUCAAGGCUUUUGCAAUCAAGGAAGAGUUUAAUCAUCUCAAUGAAAGACUGAAUGAUGCUGCGAUAGCCUUGGACCUCGCCUUGCAUACUGAACAAACAAAAAUGCUUCUGACUAUCUUUAAGGGAAACCAGAGGAAGAAGGAAGACAAGCAAGAUACUAAGGAAGAUCAGACGUUUCUAAACUUAGUGGAGAAGAAAUUAGAGGAAGCACUGCAUUCAAUGGAGGAGAGAAUUCAGCAGGCUGUGGAGACUGUGAAUGAUGACUUGGGAGAAAUGAAAAUGGAUCUGAAAGACAUCAAACGUAUAAUUGAGGCAUACCAAGAGAAACCUUCUGUUCACCCAGUGCAGGGAAUUCUGGAAUUAAGCCCAGGGGACAUUGAAAGAGAGAGCAAGCCUUUUUUAAUAACCGAUAAUUCCAAAUAUUACAAGGGAACAUUGCACAAAUUUCCAGUCGCCAUUAAACGUUUUGUUAACGUUGGACCAUCCAGUGUGGAGGAAAUACGUAAAAUUUUUCACAAAGAGGCAGAAACCAUGAAGCACUUUGAAUCGCCAAAUAUCGUGCGAAUUUAUGGAAUCUGCAUUGAUCAAAGGAGUUCCAGCCCCGAGUUCCUGAUUGCGAUGGAGUAUUGCGAGCUGGGGUCCUUGCGCAGUGUUCUGGCGGGCAAGUGGCAUCUCAGCUGGCAGAGUCGUGUUCACAUGGCACUGGAUGCUGCCAGUGGCUUGUACAGGUUGCACCAAUCAACUGAGAAGUUCAAACUUCUCUGCUCUAUUGACAGCACCAGAUUCCUGGUUGAUAACGGCCUCAGAGUGAAGCUGGGGGGCAUGGACUUGGCAAAGACAGAGACCUCCAUUCGACGAAUCAGUGCCUCCAGCCAGAAAUCCCAGUUGCUACCAUACAUCUCACCACAGCAAAUGAGCGACAUCAACUACCCAUAUGACAAGCCCUGUGAGGUGUACAGUUUCGGGAUUGUUCUUUGGGAGAUAGCAAGCUGUAAAACACCUUUCAAAGAUUGCAGCGAUCAAGAAAUCCACCAAAAAGUCUGUGAGGAACAAGUCCGUGAGCCUCUGCCAAGUGACUGCCCCAAAGACCUUUGCGAGCUGAUCGAUGAAUGCCGCGCCUUUGACCCGUUCGAGCGUCCAAACGCUGGAGCUAUCGUUGACAGGCUGAAGAAUAUCCUAACGAGAAUUACUGAAGCAACCAAAGAAGCAAGGGACUGAAUCCCAUGCAGUUUCUAUACUCAACAAUGUUUGGCAAGUUCCAGGCAACUGCGUUUGUUCAGGCAUCCUACAGACCUUACUUGUGCAACUUAAAUCUGGCUUUGUGCAAAGAUGAUUCAUUAAUAUCUAUGAACUCUGCCCUCACAACCAUCCAUUAAAGACACAACAUCAAAAAUAAAAUGC